AUGCACCAUCACGAUGAUACGAAAGAGUCCAAUAACAUUGACCUUUUAAUCACCUUGAUGGACGGAGGCGUGGAUCAUGAUGUGGCUAGGCGCGUUCUACGAAAAUUCGAUGGCGAUGUUGAGAAGGCUGCCUCUGCCAUGAUCGAGGGCGACAGGGGAGAGGAGACGCAGUCGUCACUGUGGACGUCGCACUCACAGAUGGAGAUAAACCAGCCCAGACCCUUACCUCCUUCUGCUGUUCGCCCGAACUCACCAAUCAAUAUCGACCUCACGGGUGACGACGACCACAGCGACGAGUUAUCUCGCGCUUUGAAAGCGUCGCUCGAGACCGCCUCCCAAGAGGCUCCGAAGUUUGGACCGAGCGAGCGGCCUCCUGAUUCUAAUUGGGCGAUGGUGCCUUCCAAUAGUGAUGCUGCCGCAGACGACCUGGACCGCGCUAUACAAGCUAGCUUUGAGCAGGCUGAUACUGGCGACGAAUACCAGCCUUUACCCCUUGAUCAGCAAUGGCGGAAGGAAGGCUGGCCUGUGACUUUACGUCCAACGAAACACACGAUGGUCUACGCAGCUCUGAUUCUGCAGGCGCUCUUCUAUGUUCCGCAGAUUCGUGAACGCGUUGCUAAUUGGAGACCGGCUCUUCCCGAAGGCGCAACGGAAGCUGAACCCCCAACAGAUGGGCCAGAGCUCCUCAUGUGGAAGCUCGUCGAGACAUUCACCAAUAUGGAUCUUGCAAAGCUUGGGUUUAAGCCUGAGCCCUGGUCGAACCCGGCACAACCGCCGGGCGAGCUAUCUUAUCGAUUCUUCGAAAAGGUAGCAGGUGCCCUCGACAAAGUGUUUUCCCGUGAAUUUAUUCGCACUGGACAGGCAAACGCAUCAUGCAAGUUCCAAUAUGGGAACAGCAAUUUCGACGAGGAGCCCGGGGAGCUCCUGCAAGAUGCAUCCAUUGUCCGUGUCGAAGCACUUGGACCGAGCGAUACGAAUGACCUUGUCGGUCGCCUUUCUGCGCAGCUUACUCGAAAGGAUGAUACCAAGCAACGCCAGGUUAUUUUCGAGUCCUCGGAGAUGAUUGCGUUUCAUCUCAUGCGCUCGGGCACUGUCAUCGGCGAGCGCAAGCCAUUUAAAUACCCGAAGCACAUCUAUCUCGACCAGUUUUUGAAGGAAAACGUUGAGCUUGCAGAGAGCAAGUGGCAACAGCAGCGGGAACUUCAUGCAGACAUUCAAAAGCUAGUGUUGCAUAACAAGUCCUUGACUCACUUCAAUGACAAAGACACGCUAACAGACCUGCGUUCAUCGAUAUACUAUUACGAGAAUGUGGCAGAUGCAAAGGACGACGACGAACGUGCUCGAGUCGCCCAGAUCACGGCUAACAAACUAAAGAGCGUCCUCGCUCAGAUAGAGAAGGAAAUCGAAGCCGCGAAUUUCAAUAUUGCGAAGAUGCGUGACCGAGCAGCAACGCUCCUAGAUUGCCCUGAGCUCCAGCGCGCCAGAUAUGAUCUCCGCGUUGUACUAGUCCACAAUGGUUUGUACGGAAGGAAGCACCUCUAUUCUUAUGUGCAAGAGAAGGGUGCGUGGUGGAGGAUAGAGGAUACAUCCAUUACUCAGGUGUCCGAGGACAAUGUGCUGGAGGAUUCGGUAGGCCUGCAUCUCGGUGCAGGACCAUACCUCCUUUUGUAUUCGAGGGCCCUACCAGAAGGCGCAGAGCUACUGGAUCUCCAGUGGCCUCCGCCGAUCAAGAUUGACGUAGAGAACCACAAUCGUGUUUUAUCGGAGCAGUUGCGGUCUUCAGAAGCGGAGAGUGAUGCUAAUCAGGACAAAGAAAACUUGACCUAUCCUCAGGAAGACCCAAUGGAUGUUUUAUGA